AAUGAGAAGACCAAAUUCUUCUUAAAAACCCAAUUCAACACAAAAUUUUAAUUAAACUCUCAAAAGCUCAGGAGUUUUUGAAAAUAAUGAAUAAGAAAGAUUAAAAAAAACUUAAAUGGAAAAAGCUAGAUCAGAUGUGAGAAAAAAAUAAGAGGAAUUACACUUGAAACAACUUGAAUUCAAAAUUAUUGAAGCUAUGGAUAUGAAAGAAAUCAAUACAAUGCUAUUAGAAAGAAAUGCUGUUGUGUUCUAGUAAAUUAAAGAGAUUUUUGAUGAAGGAUAGGUAUAAUCAAAUAUGUAUUUAGGUAAAAGAACCUGAAAUUAAAGUUGAUCUAAAUUAAGUAGAUGUAAGAAAACCUAGAAUUGAAAACUAUGGGAAAAGAUAUGUUGAAUAAGCUAAAAACAUCUAUAAAAAACCAAAUCCUACUGAAAUUAAAGAGCUUGUUGAAUAAUUUAAUUAAAACACUAGACUAUAAGGAUCAAAGUAAGUGGAAAGUUUUCAGAGAUUACAUAUGGAAUAUUAUAAGAUUUAUGCUACAUUUUUAUAAUCACAACCUUCUGUUGAGUAGAAUCGAAGACAAUUAAUAUAAGGUAAUAAAUAAUUAUUAUUAUUUCUAUAAGAAUUAGGAGAAGUUCAUGAAUUACUAUCAGUUUUAAAUAAUGCUCCAUCAUUUGAGAAACCAGCUAUAUGGAAUAAAUAAUAAGUGCCUGAAGAAGACAAAAUGAUUGUUGAUGAAAUAGUUAACAAAAAUAUAAGGCAAAUAUAGAAUAAAUAUGAUUUUUCCAUUCAUGAUUUUGAGAAUGAAGGAGUUUUAGAGGAAGUUAAGGAUUAUAUACAAAAUAAAUAUUUUAAAGGUAUUGAUCAUACUAAAUGA